AUGUUUGCGAGCAACUGCAAAGUCAUCUCCAACACGUUUGAUACUCGGACCUUCAGCGUCGGUUUCCCUGGUCAAGGCCCAGAAACGGCCGUGGUUCGACUCGAAGUGCCCAGGGGUCGCUUGGCCUCCGUGGUAGCUCUGCGAGAGCUGGCCCGCGCCCAGCUCGCCGACUUGGUCCCGGCGACGCUUGACUCGGGCACGACGACGGCUGCCGACGGGAGGCAGAUUGGGUACUCUGUCACCGAGUUUAUCAGCAACACCAACACCCUCGAGGAACUCCAGGCGCUGGACGCUGGGGGCGACGAUGCUCGCAAGGUCCUGGCCAAAGCUGCCCCGGCUUUAGACGACGGCCAAGGCGGCAGUGUCCGUGUUGGUGGACCAGAGCUUGGCUACUUUGGCGACGUGAAGCAGUUCUUGGCCCAGGUCGCCUUCGCCGGCAAUCCCGCGUCGUCUGAUUGCGUCGUUUCCGAGACGCCAGACGACUUCGUGCUUCGGUCCACACUCGACAAUGUCAGCCAAGUUGAACUGACCCGGGCGGACCUCGAAGCCCUCGAGCGCCACGUCGUCUUCUGCCACAACGAUGUCGAGCCUCGCAACCUUCUCGUCAGGCGCACUCCGUCGGCCGGGGCCUACGCGCUGGCCGCCAUCGUCGACUGGGAAAUGGCUGGCUUCUACCCAUUCGCCUACGAAACCGGCCACAAAGACACGGUGCUGGGACUCUCCAGUCCGUACUUUAGCUGGUACUCCCUUUUCAAGCAACAGUCGGGGCAGCCGCACACAAAGCUGAUCAAGGCGCUCCAGGCCCUGGAUGAAUCCAAGAGAAGGCGCAAGAUGUCGAACGUCGGGCGGCUUUCCCAAGCAAAGUGGGUGGCAAGGGAGCAGGUCGAGUUGUCGUUGGAUGUGCGUCGUGGAUGGGUUCGCAAAGACGGCGUCGGACCUGUUGGCAGCUUUACCGAGGAGGACAGUGCAAAGCUUGAGCUUGAGGUGCUGAAGGAGCUCGGCUACAUCUGA